AAAAUAUAGAGUUAAAAAGUCAAAAAGUUUUCCCACCCCUGCAUUAGAACAUUAUACCAACAGUAGUAAAAUAUAGUGGUGGUAGUGUGAUGGUCUGGGGCUGUUAUGCUGUGUUUCAGGAUCCGAAAGACUUGCUGUGACAAAAAUCCUAAAGGGGAAAUGUCCUGCCAUUUGAUUGGUGACCGCAAACUUGGGUUCUUCAGCAUGGAACGUGAUCCAAAAGGCACAUCUAAAGAGGCCUUGUUGUCGCUGCGCUGAUUUAAUAUGGGACGCUUUAGUCCAGCCGUGCUCUCUUGUUGUCGGAGCAGAUAAGAGAUGUCAAAGGCCUUUGAACCACGGAGCAUCAAAUGACGAGUGCCACUCAUCUUUUAUUUGCUAUUUUUGCAUUGAAGGCUAGCAGAUCCUCAGAGGUGAUCGGCGGAUCCGGUCCCGACUGAUAUGUGUGAUCUUGCACGGCUGAAUCCUAAUGAUUGCUUUGAAAGGGGAGCGUCUCCAAAGUAGCUUUCAUCAAGAGGAGGAAACACCCACUCCCUCGCCUCUUCUUGACACUCUGCUUCUGGAGCACCUCCGAGUGGGAACCUUCCACACCAAACAGAAGGGAUGCCAUGAGGUUGAUUUUGGUGAAACCCACCAACGCCACCCGCCGCCUGGACAGCACGGGUCAGGUGUUCCGCGAUGGCGACCAUGAGCUCUGCUCUUCGAGUGGUCCGACACCCCCGACCAAGAGUCCGGACGGGAUGCACGGACCAUACUCGGGAAGCCUCACGGACGCGACGUCACCAACGCAGGAGGCAAGUCGCGCACCGCACGAAACGUCCAAUGGCGUCAUUCCGUCCUCGGAGGUUUGCGAUGCGAUGAUGUCACAGCUGCAGACGGAAAGCAUGAGCCUAUCACAGUUGAGUAAUCAAGACCGGCUGCUGUUACGUGGCCAGGUUAGCGACGAAGGAGGCGAUUCGUCCGGUCCGAACCACAAUGACGCGUGUGCGUGUUCCUGUCCCGACUCCAUGGCGUCCAUCUUUGAACCGCGGUCCAAUCACACUUGUCGUUCGCACAAAAAAAACCUUUCAUGUCAAGUUUUUCCACACGAAACAAAUCAAGAUGUCUCAAAAGUCGCACAAAAGCGAUCGCAAGGUAGUUUGAUGCCUCAAGAGGCGUUCAAGGACUCCCGAUCCAACUUGUUCAACAUCCCCAACAUGUCCGCCAACCAACGUCCCGACGUUACCCAUCACGCGCGUUAUUCGCACGGAGACCCCGCCUUCAUCUUCAAGUGCCGCCAUCUAUCAUCCAACCAUCCGACCGGGACCGGGACCGUCAAGAGGUCGUCCACGCCGGCUCUCCAGUCGUUCUCCGCCAGUCGCUGUAGUUCACUCGACCGCCACGGCUUCGCCGAAGAGGCGGCGAGAUCACGACAAAGUCAAGUACAGGAAGUUUCAAUCGGUGACCUCAUCCUUUUUAAAUCAUAAAAAAAAAAACUGAUAUUAAUUUCAUCAAAUGUUUUUUCCAACACUCCCAGCGCAUCACGCCCUACGAAGUCGCGGGAAGCGACGUCCUCUGCAACGGCGAUGCUGUGAAAUCGGCGGCCGGCCGUGACGCCUCACCGCUUCUUCACAGCGCCCUCCU